AAGUUCAUCACAUGAAUUUUGUAGGGCAAUGGGAAAUAAUUUUCUGCAAAGUAGAGAAGCAAGUGGACAGAGAGUGAGAAGAUGUUCUUCCACAUAGUGUUAGAGCGUAACAUGCAGCUCCAUGAUUGCCAUUGUGGCCCUAAUCUUCGUGAUAAGCUCGUCGCUAAGCUUAUGAAGGAUGUUGAGGGCACUUGUAGUGGACGUCAUGGAUUUGUGGUGCCAAUAACUGGGGUGGAUGACAUCGGGAAAGGGCUGAUUCGUGAUGGAACAGGCUUCGUAACAUUUCCCGUCAAGUAUCAAUGUGUUGUCUUCAGGCCUUUCAAGGGUGAGAUUUUAGAAGGGGUUGUUACCAUGGUCAAUAAGUUUCACAGAAGAAGCAUAGUUGGAUCAUGGAUGCAUUGUUGAAUAAGAUUUGAAAGAAACUAUGAGAGCAGAAGGCCACAUUUUAAUUUAUGGAAAGGCAAAAAUUUAACAAAGAAAGGCAUCGCGAUCCUUACUUUGCUUAAUUUAUGCUGACUGAAGUGAAGCAGAAGUUUAUAAGCUUCUUCGUUAAAAUAAUUGCUCUUUGUUAAAUAAGGGUUAUUAAGAAGUUAUUGCUCUUUGUAAAAUAGGGUUAAAAUAUACCCGCCCAUAGCUGGUCCAUUGUCUGCUCAUUGGCAUUCAUACAAUGCUCAAUUAGAUGUUUGAUCCCUAGUUAAUGCCACAUUGCUUGGCCCAUGGUAACAAAAGGCAUGUGUUAGCAACUGGCACA